GGAGCGGACUGUGAUCGCCCCGGAGACAGAGUUUGAGAGAGCCUGUGGUGACUUCAUGAGUGGAGCUGUGCUGUGUGGCUGCCCCAGCAUGGAUGACUACACAGUCCUGAGAGUGAUCGGGGAGGGCUCUUUCGGCAGAGCCCUGUUGGUCCAGCAGGAGACCAGUCGUCACAUGUUUGCCAUGAAGGAGAUCAGGCUUCCCAAGUCUUCCACUGACAUACAGAAUUCUAGGAAGGAGGCGGUUCUUUUAGCCAAAAUGAAGCACCCCAAUAUUGUUGCUUUUAAAGAAUCAUUUGAAGCUGAAGGACAUCUGUAUAUUGUGAUGGAAUAUUGUGAUGGAGGGGACCUAAUGCAGAAGAUUAAACAUCAGAAAGGAAAGUUGUUUCCUGAAGCUAUGGUACUUGAUUGGUUUACUCAAAUGUGUCUUGGAAUAAAUCACAUUCACAAGAAACGUGUAUUACACAGAGACAUCAAGUCCAAGAACAUCUUCCUCACCCAAAAUGGAAGAGUAAAACUGGGAGAUUUCGGAUCUGCUCGUCUUCUCUCCAGUCCAAUGGCAUUUGCUUGUACAUAUGUGGGAACACCCUAUUAUGUGCCCCCAGAAAUUUGGGAAAACAUGCCUUACAACAAUAAAAGUGACAUCUGGUCCUUGGGAUGCAUUCUGUAUGAACUCUGUACCCUUAAGCAUCCAAUCAUCACAGAAUAUGGAGAGCAGGUAUUAGAGGAAACAAAAAAAUCUAACCAUAGUACACCAAGUAAGAAAGCAGACCCUAGCAGAAUCAGAAUAGCUUUGGAAAAUGAAGGCAGCAGAAUGCAAGAGGAAGAACAAGGUAGAAAGUGUAGCCACAGUGAUUUAGAAAACAUUAAUAAGAAUUUGGUUGAAAGUGCAUUGAAGAGAGUGAACAGAGAUGAGAAAGAUAAGAAAUCAGUCCUUUCAAGGAAAGCCAGCUCACCAAGUCCUGUCAGACGACAAUGGGGAAAAAAUGUACCCAGUACAGCUCUUUCAGCUUUGGAAAAUGCACCCAUACUUAGCUCCAGUUUAACAGCAGGGGACGACAAAGGAGGUUCUGUGAUAAAAUACAGUGAAAAUAACACUCGUAAGCAGUGGCUCAGAGAGACUCCUGAAACCUUGCUGAACAUCCUCAAGAAUGCUGAUCUCAGCUUGGCGUUUGAAACAUACACAAUAUAUAGACCAGGCUCGGAAGGGUUCUUGAAAGGCCCUUUGUCUGAAGACACAGAAGCAUCAGACAGUGUUGAUGGAGGUCAUGAGUCUGUCGUUUUGGAUCCAGAGAGACUUGAACCUCGAUUGGAUGAGGAGGACACAGACUUCGAGGAAGAAGAUGACGAUUCAGAUUGGGUGUCAGAACUGAAACAGCGAACUAGCUGCCAUGAAGUGGCUGACGGAUAAUGCCCACAGAACUGUCCCCUAUUCCCACUGCAUAGAUGUUUAAAAUGAAGAAUUAAUAUUUGGAUAAUAAUCAGCCCAAGGAAUGUGUCUUUUCCUUUGGGAACAGAAUGAAAGAGGGAGAAUCUUUGAAUAUUUAACAUUGUACCUCAUUAAUAUCAUGAGGUUUAAAACUCUGUGGAGUUCCUGUGAGUUUUUGACCUCAAAUGUAGGUAUGGGUUAGUGGGUAUGAGCUUUGGGUUUUUCAGUCAGAUAGAUCAAAACCUGGGUGCUACCACCUACAGUUGUGUGAUAAUUGGAAAUUGCUUAAUCUCUUUGAGCCCAAGCCUUCAACUGUAAAAUGAGGACAGCGAUGCCUACCUCACAGGGGUGCUAGUCAUAAACCAUUACAGCAGCCCAUGACUCUGUCAUUGUGUUAUGAUUUGUAUUGAUUACUGUGUGGCUCUUUUAACAUUUCCUAAAUGUUUGAAGA